CGAUAGGGAGUCCGCGGUUCGGUGUUCGUAGUGAAAAAUGGCCGGCGCCAACGAUUGUUUCAGCAUUGGGAGUACGGUGGCCUGUAAAACCUGUUACAAGGAGGAAAUCGAAGGCGAGGUGUUAGCAUUCGAUCCACAAACUAAAAUGCUAAUCCUAAAAUGUCCGUCAUCCAGUGGUGCACCAACAUUAAACGAUGUACACAUAGUAAAUUUAUCCUUGGUAUCCGAGGUCCAAGUUAAGCGGGAAGUUAGUCCUACAACUAGUGAACCACCACAAAGCCUUAAUUUGCAAAAGCUGAACAGAAGAGUACGUAAUCAAAUUGAAGAGAAAAAGAAACUGGUAAUGGCUCUGCAGGCCGGAGUAUCUCCAGAAGGACAAAAACUCUUCAGUACUAUAUCAAAGACCAUUCCUGAAAUUACGUGGAAUGGAGCGAAUAUCGUUGUAUUUGACAAUGUCACGAUUAGACCGCCGUACAAAGUGGACAAUGUCCAUGGAAAUGCAGAGUCUGGAGCGUACAAACAUGUAAAGAAAGUGGUUGAGAAACAUAUUAAAGAUACCGAAGCGUCCGCGCAAGCGCAACAACAGCGAGAACAGCAACAACAACAGAAGCAAAAAGGAGAAGUUCCAGUCUUUGAAGAAACGUAGGAAACGAUGAUAACAGGAUACAAAAAUUUAAAAAAAAAAAGAAUGAAACCAUUGCAGAACUACUAGAUAAGCCUACCUUGAAAAUCAGCGUCGUAGAUUAAAUUCAAUUUGUUUCGAUGAAAGAGCAUUUCGAGGAAGGUAAAUGCUAAUGGAAUAUCGAAAUUCAAAACGAGUACCAAAUACAUUGAUUGUAAUGUAUGAGCAGCAUUUUGUAAAGAAACAAAACACACCGUACUCGAUUUUUAACUCAGAGCAUAGUCUUCGAAGAAGAACGCUGUUUAUUUUAUCUAAGCUGCCAUACAACCUUAUGUUCUGCUGGAACUAUUGUUCAUACAUGUGCUCUGAUGCAGGUGUGUUUUAGUUUAGUUUAACAUUGUUACAAAAUACGUUUAAUAGUUGUUUACAGAUCUCUGAUAUACAAGAUGGUAGCAUGAUUCUAUCACCAUACAAGUAUCAGGUUUUUAAAAUAAAAAUCGGUUCAUCGUGGUAUGAUUUAAGUCCGUAUGAAACGGUUCAACAUUUUUAACUAGUACCGUAAACGAGAAACAACAAACGAUCAACGAAAAUUUUCAUACGCGAAUCAUCCGAUUUCGAUGCUGACUGAAAUCUUACAUUCAUUCGUAAACUGUAAUACCAUUUCUUUUAAAUCGCUUAUUAUAGUAAUUUCGAUCGCAUAAAAUUUGUAAACAAACGAAGAGAAAAAAAAAAGAAAAACCAUAAACGUUGAAUACUUGAUCACGCCUGCGUCGGUACGAGACGUUUUCAGUAAUUACGCAUCGUUGCAAGAUGACAAAGGACACAUUCCCUUGCACAGACCAAGUUACAGAAUUGUUAUUUAAAGAAACAACAAUUUGAUUUGUGCAAGGGUAUCCGUCUUGCGAUGAUGAAACACGGAAUUCGUCUCGUGCCCUUUACUUUUUGAACGCGGAGAAAAAAAAAUGGAAGACAGAAAGAAAAGAAAGAUUAUAAAAAUUAAUUACACUAAAAGACACAAAUAAAUGUAAUAUAAAUUCUAAAA